AUGGCUGCCAGAAGAACAGAGCAAUCGAGGAGAAGGAGGUGUGGAGAGGAUCUCAUCCAGGACCAGCAGCAGAUCCUGCAAGGCCUCACCAUGUUGGACAUCAGCAAAAUGGGAAUACCUUCACGGCUCCUGGUGCAUGGUGAGCUGGCCUUUCCCCUGGGAAUAGAUAACUCAUAUAACUGUUUUCUUGCAGCUGCCUGCUAUGGCCAAGGCCAAGUGGUGCUGACAGGCCAUGAGGAUUUUAUCCUCAGUGAAAAAAUGGGCCCAUUUAUAGUGAAUGCUUUCCGCUGGCUGUCAGAAAAGAAGAAAGGCAAGAUUGGACUACAAUCAAAAUUUAAAAGUUUAGGCCCUAUGUUAUCAAAUAGUAACCUGGAGUGGAGCAUAGCAGAACAUCUCACCACUGACUUGAGUGUCUUUUGCUGUUACCAACUUAACAGCAAGAAUGCCAAGGAGGUGGAGGAAUUAGUGGCAGAAGGUGGAGGAUUUCUGAUUGGUUCACAGGCAUGGUGAUGGAGCUAUAUGUACCCAGGGUGUACCUGCGCGUGUCAGUAUCCAAGUAACCAGUGCCUUCAAAGUUUUGGUCUUGCCAUCUUAGAUCAGACAGGCAAUCAAGGCUGCUUCCCAGUCCUCAAGCCAGGGCUGACAAACUACCACUCCCACAGAGCUCUAGCCCAAUUUGAGACUAUGAUAUAUGAAAAGAGAAAGUGCUUGGAAAAGAGCUGGUUGGAGAAUUUAAUAAGAGAUUGUCAUAGCAUGUUUCAAAUCCCACAUAAGGCGAUCCCCAUCUAUGAGUCUGUGAAGAAUCAUGCUAUCAAAAUGGUCAAGUGGAAGGGCUUACCAGUGGCAAAUAAGACAAAGAAAAUCAAGAGGGAAAGCACUGAGGCCAUCCUAAUAUCCUUGGCAUGCUCAUUCGUCAAAUCAGGAACUGACAGCCUUCUAACCCUCAGUGAUCCCUACUUUCUCCCUCCCACCGAAUCUCCCAUCACCAUUGAAAUCAAUGAAGGACGCUGCAAUUCCUGGGUUAGCACUGGACUCUACUUAUCUGCAGGGCAGACCGCAGAAGUUACACUGCCUGAGAGUGCUCUUGCUGCCAAACUGAAGAUACUUAUCGGCUGCCACAUGGACAACAUAAGCCACCAUUCUGAUUAUUCAAGCCCAUUUCUGGUGACCCACCAGUAUCUCUUAGAUGAAGCCAAGAAGCAUGUCUCCUGGCUCUGGGGCCUCCUCUACAUCCUGGUACCCUCUUCUUACAAACUGGGUACAGUGGCAGUCACCAUCGGUGGUGCUGUGGCGGCUCCGUACUUUAAGUUGGAAAAGAUGUCUCAGGAGGAGAGGAAGAAGCUUAUCCCCAAGAAUGAAGUUCCAUGAGGAGAGCUGGCCACUGACAACAUCAUCCUGACAGCACCAACUGUAGAACUCCUGAAGCUAGAAGGCGCUUAGUCUCUACUCUGCCUCUGGGAUGAGAUAAUGCAGGCUGUGGCCCACCUGGCUGCCAAGCCUUUCCCUUUCUGCAGACCAGAGAGGACUGUUUUCGAUUUUCAGAUCUCAGCAGGUAUUUUGCAUUCUGGAUACCCCAUCAUGUCAGUAAUGGAAGAAGUACCAAACAUCCUUAAUGAAAAAAUAAGGUCCCAUGGUACAUGGGGUGCCUUGCAUGAGUUAGGCCACAACCGACAAGCAGGUCGAUGGAAUUUCCCUUCCCACACCACUGAAGCCACCUGUAACCUCUGGUCUGUCUAUGUGAAUGAGAUAGUUCUAGGUGUCCCCAGUUCUCGGGCCCAUUCUGCUCUCUCUCCUGAAAAGCAGAAGCAGAGGAUAAAACAUUACCUGGACAAGGGAGAACCCCUGAAAGCCUGGGAUGGGUGGACAGCUCUCGAAACAUAUCUUCAGCUCCAGGAAGGCUUUGGGUGGGAGCCAUUCAUUCAGCUUUUUGCUGAGUGCCAGAAGCUCUCUGGCAUCCCAAUUAACAACACUGGAAAGAUGAAUCUGUGGGUGAAGAAGUUCUCUCACACUGUGAGGAAGAACUUGGCUCCUUUCUUUCCGACCUAGGGUUGGCCUGUGACAAAGGAAGUGGCUGAUAGCCUGGCCUCCCUGCCAGAAUGGGAGGAAAAUCCCAUGAAAUUACAUACAUCUGAUCCCAUGGAAUUGUAUACAUCUGAUCCCAUGAAAUUAUAUGUAUGUGAUGAGGAAAUGUGUAAAAUUAUAGAAGCAUUCUUUCUGGAACAAGAUCAGUCAUUGGAUUCAACAGAGUUAUCUGCACUUAAAUUUCAACUUUAG